AUGGCCAGAUUAUCAGGACUACAGAAAGAAGUACUACAUUUGUAUCGUCAAUGUCAACGAUGUAUCUAUACUAAACCUAAAGAAACUCAACCACAUUGGAGAUCCUAUGUACGAGAAGAAUUUAGCAAGUAUCAAAAUUUACCCAAGAAACAAUUUGGUACUAUUGAACAUUUACUUCGAGUUGGGCAUCGAAGGUACGAAAUGUUUCUGAAUCCCCAAAUUAAAGACAUACAUUAG